UCAGCCAGGAGCUGGGAAAGGGCAGUGCUACGAAAUUAUUAACUGCCAGAACGAUGAAGUAUGUUUUGGUAUCUGGAGGAGUCAUCUCCGGGAUUGGAAAGGGCGUCAUUGCCUCUUCCACCGGCUUGUUGCUCAAGACUAUUGGGCUUAAGGUUACGAGCAUAAAGAUCGAUCCUUACAUGAACGUCGAUGCCGGAACCAUGGCGCCUACGGAGCACGGUGAAGUCUUCGUUUUGGACGAUGGCGGUGAGGUCGAUCUCGAUCUAGGAAACUACGAGCGCUACCUCAACAUCACGCUGACGCGCGAGAACAACAUCACGACGGGCAAGAUCUACCAGCAUGUCAUUGAGCGCGAGCGUCGCGGUGACUACCUUGGACGUACCGUCCAGGUCAUCCCCCAUCUGACGGACGCGAUCCAGGACUGGAUUGAGCGCGUCGCACGCGUCCCUGUCGACGACACGAACGAGGCACCGGAUGUCUGCAUCAUUGAAUUGGGCGGGACCGUGGGAGAUAUUGAGAGCGCGCCCUUCAUUGAGGCGAUGCGCCAGCUGAGACGCAGGGCAGGAAAAGACAACUUUCUCCAGAUCCACGUCUCACUUGUGCCAGUCAUCCAGGGAGAGCAGAAGACGAAGCCAACUCAGGCAGCGAUCAAGGAUGCGAGAAGUGCUGGGUUGAGCCCGGACUUGAUUGCGUGCCGUUGUGACGUCCCGCUCGAGAAGGCGACGACAAACAAAAUCGCCAUGUUCUGCCAGGUUGAGCCUGAGCAAGUCAUCGCAGUGCACAACGUGGCUUCCACGUACCACGUCCCCCUCCUUCUCGAGAAGCAGGGCCUCAUCACGACCGUUCGCGACAUCCUCAAACUCGAUGCCGUGUCAAAGUCUGAGCAACUCACCGGACGCGGUCAGCGCACCUGGGCGGAGUGGAAGACGCUCACGACGUCGCAGGACCGCCUCUUCGAGACCGUCACCAUCGCCCUCGUCGGCAAGUACACCAACUUGCACGAUUCGUACCUUUCCGUCAUCAAGUCGCUUGAGCACUCGGCGAUGCGCUGCCACAGGAAACUCCAACUCCAGUGGGUUGACGCUUCUGACCUGGAGGACGAUGCCAAGACCGCACGCCCAGCAGGCUUCCAUGCUGCCUGGCACCAGGUCUGCACUGCGGAUGGUAUUCUCGUUCCGGGAGGUUUCGGCCUCCGCGGCACUGAGGGCAUGAUCAAAGCGGCCCAGUGGGCUCGCACGCAGAAAGUCCCCUACCUCGGCAUCUGCCUCGGUAUGCAGCUUGCCGUCAUCGAGUUUGCGCGCCAUGUGUGCGGUCUCGAAGGCGCCUCAUCGACAGAGCUCUCCGAGCAAUGCGCCGAACCCAUCGUCCUCUUCAUGCCCGAGGUUGACCGCUCCGCCAUGGGCGGCACCAUGCGUCUCGGUAUCCGCCCAACCAUUUUCCAGCCUGGGUCGGAGUGGUCGCGCCUGCGCAAACUGUAUGGCGACCGCACGGAGAUCCGCGAGCGCCAUCGCCACAGAUACGAGGUCAACCCCGAUUAUGUGGAGCGCCUUGCGGCUGGCGGCCUGACAUUCGUCGGAAAGGACGACAAGGGAGAGCGCAUGGAGGUUGUGGAGAUCAAGGAUCACCCUUGGUUUGUCGGCGUGCAGUACCACCCUGAAUAUCUGUCGCGUGUUCUCAGCCCUAGCAGGCCAUAUCUCGGCUUCGUUGCUGCGGCGUCGGGAUGCCUGGACAAAAUUACGAGGGAGAUUGCGGAUCUGGAUGCUCAGGCACAGGCACUGGGACUGGGAGAGCGCUCGGAGGGCGUAGCUAUGUAGAGGGCGUGGUUGCAGGAGUACGUAGGGAGGCGCGGGCUUGGGUAGGGGUUUAUAACGGGUACCUGGACUGCAAGGGGUUACUUGAAUUUCAAAUAUUGCAAGAACUCAUCCGGCUCCUAAUGGCGAAUUUAUGAUUUCGUAUUUGGAGGGGUUAAGAUGAAUCAUGGGCGUCUGUCUCAGUACCUUCAAGGGUGUUUGCCUUGUCUGUGCGGCUGCGGCGGAUGAUAGAUACUAUUAUAUAUGAGGCCAACGACUGGUUUGGGAAUAGGACUGGGAAUGAAUUUUUGGGCUCGAGUAUAAAAAUGAAAACAUGAUUGAUAGCUAUAUAGACUAUGAAAAUACAGUAACUAUGCAUCCUCAUCUUCCUCUAAAUCCUCACCUGCUGAUACCACGCCCUAAUUCCUAAGAUAUAUAAGAUAUCGUAGUGUAGAUGGUGCUAAUCUGUUCCGUUUCUUUAUAAUAAUAUCGCCACCAACACUAAAC